AUGCACGUCCAGUCUCGGCUCCGGCCGAUGAUGGACGAACUCAAGAUGAAGGGCAUGACAUACGGCAUCAACUUCUUCAUGGCCUACCGUCGCAACCAUGCCACCAUCCAGCGCGUCCUUCGAGUCUCCUACAUCCUCUUCAUCCUCCACAACCUCACCCGCACCCUCCGUGCAGGUUCGAAAAAGAAGCCCAAGAAGGCCGCACCACCAGCCGGAGAGAACGAAAAGGCUGGCGCAGUUGCGAGUGCACAGCCAGCUGCCGACGUCGACGACUCUUCAGCAAGGGGCCGAGGUGGACGCCGUGGCAAGAAGAGCCGCGGUCCUCGUGUCGAGGUCGAUGCCGUCUUCUUCGAGCGCCUAAAGCGCAUCCUCCGCAUCGUCGUCCCCGGCUGGCGCUCCAAGGAGGCUGGCCUCCUCAUGCUCCACACCCUCUUCCUCGUUCUGCGAACCAUGCUCUCGCUCUACGUCGCAGAUCUCGACGGCCGCAUCGUUUCCGCCCUCGUCCGAUCCCAGACCCGCCAGUUCAUCACCGGCAUCCUCUGGUGGAUGGCCGUCGCCGUACCUGCCACCUACACCAACUCCAUGAUCGAGUUUCUCCAGUCCAAGCUCGCCCUUUCGUACCGCAGCCGCCUCACAAAGCGCGUGCACGACGCCUACCUCACCGACAUGACCUUCUACAAGCUCGGCAACCUCGACGAUCGCAUCAAGAACGCGGAUCAGCUCAUCACCGUCGACGUGGCAAAGUUCAGCAAGUCGCUCGCCGAGAUCUACAGCAACUUUGCCAAACCCAUCCUGGACGUCUGCCUGUACAACUACCAGCUCAUGGGCCGCGUCGGAGCCGAGGCGCUCAUCGGCAUCAACAUCCUCGUCUCGGGCUCGGCCACGCUGCUGCGCAAGCUCACGCCGCCCUUCGGCCAGUACGCCGCCACGGAGCAGCAGCUCGAGGGCGAGUUCCGCUUCAACCACUCGCGCCUCAUCGAGAAUGCCGAAGAGAUCGCCCUCUUCCGCGGCCAGGCGGCCGAGCAGAACGUCAUCGAGCGCGCCUACUUUUCGCUCAUCAAGCACGUCAAUCGCGUCUACCGCAUCCGCAUCAUCCACGGCAUGACCGAGGAAGGCAUCAUCAAGUGGCUCUGGGGCGCUCUCGGCCUGUGCAUCUGCGCCGUGCCCGUGUUUGUGCGUCUGCCGGGCGGCGGCAAGGGCUUGGAUCUCGGAUCUCGCACCGAAUCCUUUGUCACCAACCGUCGUCUCUUGCUCUCUUCCUCCGACGCCUUUGGCCGAGUCAUGUACUCGUACAAGGAGAUCUCGGAGCUCGCAGGCUACACCGCGCGAGUCUCGGAGCUCCUCGACACCAUGGACGCCAUUAAGGCUGGCAAGUUCGAGAAGAAGCUCGUCUCAUCCGCUUCGAUCGAGGAGAACGCGCUGGUUCUGCAGGGACGCGGCGCCAUCCAGGAGGACACCUCGCGCACGGCCGGCGUCGAAUUCCGCGACGUGCCCAUCGUCAGCCCCAACGGCGACAUCCUCGUGCCCAAGCUGAGCUUCCACGUGCAGCCGGGCCAGCACCUGCUCAUCAUCGGCCCCAACGGAUGCGGCAAGAGCUCCCUCUUCCGCAUCCUCGGUGGUCUGUGGCCCGUGUACGGCGGCACGGUCAAGAAGCCACCCACGUCCGAGUUCACCUACAUCCCGCAGCGUCCCUACCUCUCGCUCGGCACGCUCCGAGACCAGAUCAUCUACCCACACACGGCGCAAGAGAUGCGUGCGCGCGGCAAGACCGACGAGGACCUGCUGGACAUUCUGCGUGUGCUGCAGAUUGAGCACAUUGUCGCACGCGAGGGCGGCUGGGACGUGCAGCGCGAGUGGCGCGACGCUCUGUCGGGCGGCGACAAGCAGCGCAUCGCCAUGGCGCGCCUCUUCUACCACAAGCCCAAGUACGCCAUCCUCGACGAGUGCACCUCGGCCGUCACGCUCGAGAUCGAGAAGAUCAUGUACGACCACGCCACCGAGCUCGGCAUCACCAUGCUCACCGUCUCGCACAGGCCGUCGCUGUGGAAGUACCACAGCUACGUGCUCCAGUACGACGGCCAGGGCGGCUACGUUUUCACCAAGCUCGACGCAGAGAAGAGGCUAGCGCUGCAGGAGGAGAAGCAGGCGCUCGAACAGAAGCUGCUCCAGGUAGCCAGAUGGCAGGAGAGGCUCGAUGCGCUCAAGGAGGCGAGGCGAGAGCGCACCCACUCGCGCGUCGGCUCGCCCGUGCAGGAGAAGUUCGCUCCUCUCGCGGCCGCCUGA